AUGUCUAUUGAAAAAGAUAAUGAAAAAGAUUCAUUAUUAGAGGAAAAAUUUUUUGCUGCUGUAAAAAUAAUUCAAAAUCUUCCUAAAGAAGGUCCAAUAUCAACAUCAAAUAAUAUAAAAUUAUCAUUUUAUUCAUUAUAUAAACAAUCAACAAUUGGUCCAUGUGAUCAAGAACAACCAUCAUUUUGGAAUGUUGUUGAAAAAUAUAAAUGGGAUGCAUGGAAUAAACUUGGUUUAAUGAAUAAAGAAACAGCUAUGAUAAAAUAUUUAGACUUAUUUAAUAAACAAAUAGAUGAUAUAGUUAAUAAUUAUGGUGUUGAUUAUUUUAUAAAUUUAGAAAAAGAAUUUAAUUUGGAAGGUAUACUUGAACCAGCAUUUAAAAAAUUAGGCCGUUCAAUAAGGAAUCCUAUAUUGGUGGAAUGUCAAAUUAAUACAUUUCCUAUGGUAAAUGAUGAAAUUCAAAUAAUUGAAGAUGAAGUUAAAAGUAAUGAUGGUGAUUAUAUUGAUGCUAAUGAAGAUACACAAUUUGGAUCAAUAACAAAAACACAAUCACUAUCAACAGAAAUUAAAACACCUCCAGAUGAUACAAUUAAAUUAUUUACAAAAACAUUUUCAAAUUUUAUUAAUUUACUUGAAAGAAAAGCAUCUACAUUAAGUAGUGAUGUUAUUAAUUUAACCAACAAAGUUAUUGAACAAAAUAAUAUUAUAAAAAAAAUAUUAAUGGAUAAGGAGAAAGAUAAAUGUAACAAAAAAAUAAUUGAAAAUCCUAUAUCAUGGAAAGUAGUAUUUUUUUUAUUUAUUUGGCCAUUUCUAGUUCAUUAUAUUUUAAAAUACUGGAAAUUUAUUAAAAUCUUAUUUUCAAUGUAUUUUGAAUGGUGA